GAAAAAGAAACUUACGAGAAGAAAAAUAGGAAAUAAAAACUCUCUCUGCAUCUCAAACUCAAUCUAUCUCUGUAUCUGUGUUUUGAUGACAAAAAAAAUGCCCGCUUGGUGGGGAAGAAAGUCUCACAAAAGCAGCAAAGCAGAGCAGAAUGAGCAAGUGAACCCGCACAAUAUUAGCAAAGGUUCAGAAGUCAAGGAUGAUAAGAAGAAGGGGAAGGAGAAGCCCAAAAGCUUCGAUGAGGUCUCGGCCAUCUUUAUAGCUCGUAAAUCUGCAAGGACUAGUAAGGAAUUCGUAAUUUCAGGUGGUGGGUCUUCGUUUGGUUCAGACUCCGAUGGGCAUGUUGGUGUUGGCGGCGGCGGUGGUUGUGGUGGUGGUGGAGUAGCGGAGAAGAGGGGUCAUCCUUUGCCUCGGCCUUCAGUGUCGUCGUCGCCGAGUUUGGAGAUUGAUCAUGGUGUUGGGUCUGUCUCUGGGUCGGUUUCGAGUAUCAGCUCAUCUGGGUCUGAUGAUUCGACUCCUGAUCUUGGGUUAUUUGGUGGCUACAGGUGGGUGCCUCGCCUCUGUUCCUUCCUCUGCUGUCUGAAUUGGAAUUUGUGGUUUGUGGGGGUUGUUUAUCCUGAAGGAAUUUCAAAGAUUGGUUUUUGUUCUGGAUGAUUCAAGUGGGCUUCGUUUCUGUAUCAAGAAGCGAUGCUUGUGUGAUUCGAAUUCUAGCUGAUUAAUUGAUUGACGGAGCAUAUGGUGAAACCAAGUUCAACCAAACUUCAAGAAGCCCAGGUCCAGGAUCAAGAGCAGCCACUCCAUCCACCCCCUCAUCACCUUUGCAUCCACGAAUGUUUGGAAUGAGUCUGGAGUCUCAAACAGGGAAACAAGAAGAUGGGAGGAGUAUAUGUCAUCCACUGCCACUUCCUCCAGGUUCUCCCACUAACCCUUGUGCCUCACCUAGUAGAAGAAGUAGUGGGACCUUCGAUAGCUCACUUAGUCUUAGAUCGAAAUGGAAGAAGGGAAAGCUUCUAGGAAGGGGCACAUUUGGUCAUGUUUAUCUUGGAUUUAACAGUGAGAGUGGACACAUGUGUGCUAUAAAGGAAGUCAGAGUCGUCUCUGAUGAUCAGACAUCAAGAGAGUGUCUCAAACAACUGAAUCAGGAGAUAUCAUUGCUUAGUCAGCUUUCACAUCCAAACAUUGUUCAGUAUUAUGGAAGCGAACUGGGGGAAGAGAGACUCUCAGUUUAUUUGGAGUAUGUCUCUGGGGGCUCCAUCCACAAAUUGCUUCAGGAAUAUGGUUCUUUCAGGGAACCUGUUAUUCAAAACUACACCAGACAGAUUCUUUCAGGGCUUGUGUACCUACAUGGAAGGAAUCAUAUACACAGGGAUAUUAAAGGGGCCAACAUACUUGUAGAUCCUAAUGGUGAAAUUAAGCUUGCAGACUUCGGCAUGGCCAAACAUAUCACAUCAUACUCUACAGUGCUCUCCUUUAAAGGAAGUCCUUACUGGAUGGCACCCGAGGUUAUAAUGAAUUGUACUAAAGGGUACAGUCUCGCUGUAGAUAUUUGGAGCCUUGGAUGUACAAUUCUUGAAAUGGCAACAUCAAAACCACCUUGGAGCCAAUAUGAAGGGGUUGCUGCAAUGUUUAAAAUUGGAAAUAGCAAAGAUAUUCCUGAAAUUCCAAAUCAUCUUUCUAGUGAUGCAAAGAGCUUUUUGAAUCUCUGCCUGCAGAGAGACCCGGCUGCACGUCCUACAGCUGCACAGUUGUUGGAUCAUCCCUUUGUUCGAGACACAGCUGCAGCAAGAGCUAAUAUAAACAUCAAUACAACUCAUGAUGCCUUGCCUUCUUCUUUUGAAGGCAGUCAUACAAGGCAGACAGUCUCCGAAUUGCCCUUUAACAGGACAAAUGUGACUUCACUGCAUGGAGAUUAUGGGAUGAAACAAGUUGUUACAUCUUCAAGAGCUUUCAAAAGUUCUAGAGAUAGUGUGAGACUCAAUGUGUCAUUGCCAGUGUCUCCAUGUUCAAGUCCAUUACGAAAUCAUGGCACAGCAAAUAGGAGCUAUUUUCUGUCCCCUCCUCAUCCGUCUUACCCAUUUGGAGCGCAGAGUGGUUAUGGUCCAACUGAUUAUUCAGCUUUAUCAACAAGACCAAAUACAAAUUUCCCUACUGAUGCCUGGUGGGACAACCCCCAGCCAAGAACCACAACACCAGGUGGGUCCCCAAGAAGACUUUAUCGAGGACAUCAUGUUUGUGAAGAACAAAACAACAGCUUUUCUGGUCAUAAUUAAUACCUCCUGGAUCAAAAAUGAAAUAUGUCCGAAAGGAUGUGAUACUCUUUAUCUCUCUCUCUCUCUGUCUAUGAGAGUGAUGGAUUUAUUGCCCGGGGAUGAGGCUGGAUGAGGAUCUCUUCUUUUGCUUCCUCAUGUAAACAGAUGAAACUCUGAAGCCAUUGAGCUUGAUGCCAUGGCUGAACAUGAAAAAGAGAGUUGGGGAACCUCUGGCUGCUGAAUUUUUGAUACCUUACCUCGUCAUGAUCAUGAUCAUUGUAACUUCAAGGAGGUUGUAACAAAAUCUAAUGUGUAUAUAAGAAAUGCCUUCUAUCUUCAUAUCAGUUCUGGUCUCUGGGCUUUUUUGGUGGAUUUAUAGUUUUAGUCAGUUAUGGUUGGUGCCUUGGUAGGCCUUUUUUUUUAUUUCUUCCCUUCUUUUGGGGUCUUCAUGAUUUUGUAUUCAAUUUUCAAAAAUUAUGUUACUCCUUUAUCUGUAGAGGUAUUGUUUAGUUU